AUGUCGAGACGGAAGACGAAAACACCCCAGCAGACCUUGCUCAGAUCAAAGCUACCUCUCUUGAUACUCGACAUGCUAUCUGUGGCCGAUGAUGAGGGAAGUGAUGGCCCCCACGUUGCUCUUCAAGAAGUCGCGUUUUGGUCAGGAGGAUUUGUGUCAAGGGCCGCCGCUCCAAGUUAUCAGUCCACCGGUGUAUCAGUCUGUGUAUGCACUCUCUGUGUUGUAAGAGAAACGGUCGAUGAGAACACUUGA